AAAUUCCCCACCCUAGACCCAAGCCCAAUCGUCUACGGUCCUCGUUCCCGUCUCCCUCGGUUCCGUUCGCCGCCGCCUGGCUCACACCGCCGACAGUGCCUCAGUCCAGAAAUCCUCCCUCUUUCCUACAGUAGAUCCUAUCCUGGUUGCGGCACCUGCCGCCGCCGCUGCAUCCGUCAGCUUCACCCCUGCGCGCGCGCUCUAUCUCUUGUCUCUGCGACGACUGGGUGGGCUACCGCCGCCGCCGCCGGCGAAGAGCGCCCAUCAGAUCCGCCCCCCGGGUUCAACCGGUCGAACCCCGAUGGCUGACGCCGAGUCCAACCCUGGCGCGGGCGGGAAGCCGCCGCCGUACAAGGACCCCGACAAUGGGAGUCAGCGGUUCCUACUCGAGUUGGAGUUCGUGCAGUGCCUCGCCAACCCUACCUACAUCCACUAUCUAGCGCAGAAUAGAUAUUUUGAGGAUGAGGCAUUUAUCGGGUACCUCAAGUACCUAAAAUACUGGCAGCGACCAGAGUAUAUCAAACACAUAAUGUAUCCACACUGCCUUUUCUUUCUUGAGCUCCUCCAAAAUGCCAAUUUCCGAAAUGCAAUGGCACAUCCAACAAACAAGGAGCUUGCUCAUAGGCAGCAGUAUUUCUUCUGGAAAAACUACAGGAAUAACAGACUGAAGCACAUCCUACCACGCCCUCCUCCUGAACCAACUCCUGCACCUGCACCUUCACAAGCACCUGCUACAUUGCCCCUACCAGCGUCAGUGCCAACACCUGUAGCUCCGCCUGUUCCUGGACCAACGUCGUCUAUGCCACCUGUGGUAGCAGGUGGUGCAUCUGCAAUGUCUCCUAUGCAGUUUGUGGGAACUCCAGGCACUAAUAUGCCGAAGAAUGACAUGAGAAAUGCUAUGGGCAACAGGAAAAGGAAGAAAGAUGGUUGAGGCUGAACAUGUUUUUUUAGGGAAGCUAUAUCCUCUGCCUCAUUCACUGCAGUUGCUGUUCUUCAUUGAAGACAGUGGAGAAAUACUUUACUUCUCUGAUCUUUGGCCCCUUGUUUGAGUAAAAUUUAUCUGAAAUUUCGUCAACAAUGCAUAUCGAGUCAAGCAAUAUGUUUUUUACUUCAGCUUUGUUAUUUGUCCCAUUGUGCAAAUGAAGACUGUAGUAAAUUGAAAUGUGGACUUCAUGUAGCUGCGAGUGAAUCUGCAUAUUUCUUUUUUUGCUUUAGCCUUCAUAGUCAGGGCGGUAAGUGUGAUAUGAAUGUUCCUUAGAACUACCAUUUGGCUGAUGAUGUGUACAUCUUCA